UAGAAAUCGGGUCCCGCCGCUGUGGGAGCGCGGCGUGAGCACCCGGCGGCGUGGGGCGGCCCGGGACCCACUCGGCUGCGUGGGGCGGCUCGGAACCCCUCUCCCCCGGCUGGUCUGGGUUGUUUUUUAGUCUGGGUUUUUAGAGGAAGAAAAGUGCUUUUUUCUAGCCCUCACUAGCUGCUCGCUCUGCGGGCAGCAGACCCCACUCGUGUCGCAGCCGGGGCUUGGAGGGUUGCUCGCAGUGGGGAAUUUUGGAGCUGUGGGUGUUGCGGCAGUGCCAGGUUUAAAGUGCCGCUGCUCGGGACAAACCGGGAUGAGAGCAGACGGCAUCUCCCUGCUCACAGCCCUGAAUCCUGGUGCUACUGAGGCAACUGCAGGCACUUUGAAGAUGUGGCUGAGCACAGAGGAGGGGCAGGAGAACGACAGGCUCAGGACGUGGUCCCUCGAGCAGGUUCAGUGGCAAAUAUGAACAUUUGUCAACAACACCUCGGGACAUCAUGAGUUUGCUGGAAUCUGGACCACAGAACACUUGCAAUAGCGCUUUCUAAAUUUGAAUUUAAUUUAAAUGAAAGAAAAAUAGUCCUCUGGAUCGACUGCAGCGAUGGCUAGCAAAAGGAAAUCCACAACUCCCUGCAUGAUACCAGUAAAAACACUGGUGCUUCAGGAGACCGAACAGGACGCUGGAGAAGAUGAUCAUGAAGGAACACAACCCGAGGCUCCUGCAGAAGGACCAGCAGCGAGUGAUGCCGGGGCUGGCAGCGGUAACAACGGAGCUUUGUCCAACGGGCACCGCGGCGUUGCCGACGGUGACACUUACAUCUGCAGGCCUUGUGACUUUGGCUCUCAAGACCUUCACCAGUUCUUUGGCCACUUGGACUCUGAGCACUCAGACUUCAGCAAAGACCCUGCGUUCGCCUGUGUCGGGUGCAGCUUCCUGGCCAACAGCCACGAAGGGCUCUCGCACCACAACGCUGAGGCGCACGCCGGCGAGGCCGGCUUUGUCUGGAGGCUGGUGAAGCAGGACAGUCGUACGACCGUGGAGCAAAGUCUCUGUGAGGCCACCAGCAGCCACGACCUGCCAGGAGAGGUCCCUGAGGAAGGGGCGGACGGCCAGUCUGAAAUUAUCAUUACCAAAACCCCUAUCAUGAAGAUAAUGAAGGGUAAACCCGAGGCCAAAAAAAUCCACACGCUGAAGGAGAAUGUGUCAAGUCAGCUGGGUGGUGAGGCAGAGGUGAAGGAUGGAGAGCAUUCAUUCCCAAAUGGGUCUGUGCCAGUCAGCCAGCCCACUGCAGGUUCAUCAAAGUCAUCCCACAUAGUGAAUGGCUCCAUCAUAGGAAACGUGCCUGUUCUGCAGGCGGGUGUUGCACAACUUGUGUCUCUGCAGCAGCAGCCCCCCUUGCAUCAGCAGCUCCCUACAUCCAAGUCCCUUCCCAAGGUGAUGAUCCCACUGAGCAGCAUUCCCACGUACAAUGCUGCCAUGGACUCCAACAGCUUCCUGAAAAACUCUUUCAACAAGUUCCCCUACCCCACCAAAGCUGAGCUCUGCUACUUGACUGUGGUGACCAAGUACCCAGAAGAGCAGCUGAAGAUUUGGUUCACUGCCCAGAGGCUGAAGCAGGGCAUUAGCUGGUCACCAGAGGAGAUCGAAGAUGCCAGGAAGAAGAUGUUCAACACUGUUAUUCAGUCUGUGCCACAACCCACCAUUACAGUGCUGAACACGCCCCUGGUUGCAAAUCCUGGCACUGUUCCCCAUCUUAUCCAGGCAACUUUACCAGGCCACGUGGUGGGGCAGCCAGAGGGGACAGGGGGGCUGCUGGUCACGCAGCCCAUCAUGGCAAAUGGCUUGAAGGGCACCAGCUCCUCUUUCACCUUGGCAGUGACUUCUGUCCCCAAGCCACAGCCGGCAGCGCAGCACAGCACCGUGAGCUCCAGCAACACAUCGGGGGUCAAGGUGGUCAACAGCGGCCAGUCCCUGCUCACCGCCUGCCCUGCCAUCUCCUCGCAGACCUUCCUGGACCCCAACGUCUACAAAAACAAGAAGUCCCAUGAGCAGCUCUCAGCCCUCAAAGGCAGCUUCUGCAGAAACCAGUUCCCUGGCCAGGCUGAGGUCGAGCGGCUGACAAAGAUCACGGGCUUGUCCACCAAGGAGAUCCGAAAAUGGUUCAGCGACAGGAGGUACCACUACAGGAAUGUGAGAGGCGGCCGGGCCGUCUUCCCUGGAGACAGCGCUCUUGAUUCCCUGCCCGAAAUCACCUUAGACGUCCCACCCCGAGGAGCUGAGCUGAGCCCUGCGGCGGUGGCGGCCACGCCGGCCCCUCACCACCCACCACGGCGGCAGUCGUGGCACCAGGCGCCCGACUUCACCCCGACCAAGUACAAGGAGCGAGCGCCGGAGCAGCUGAAGGCCCUGGAGAGCAGUUUUGCCCAAAAUCCCCUUCCUGCCGAGGAAGAGGUGAACCGCCUGAGGGGGGAGACGAAGAUGACGCGGAGGGAGAUCGACAGCUGGUUCUCGGAGAGGAGGAAGAAGAAGGUGGCGGAGGAGAAUAAGAAAGUGGAGGAGGUGGCUCAGCAGGAGGACGAGGAGGCAGAGAAUGGCGGCGGGGAAGGGGAAGACUCCUCGGAUGAGCAGAGGGCCACGAGUGAAAACGGCUCAGUCGACGCCUCCGGCAGCAACCCCAGCGCGGCGGAGCGGAAGGUGAGUCCCAUCAAAAUCAACCUGAAAAACCUGCGAGUGACCGAGUCCAACGGCAAAAACGAGGUACCGGGGACCGGCGCAAAUGAAAAGGGGGACGGCAGCUCCAGCCGGCCGCCCACCCCUCCCAAAACCAAACUGAACUUCAAAAAAACGGCCCAGCAGCGGCAUCUGCUGAAGCAAAUGUUCGUGCAGACCCAGCGCCCCACGAACCAGGAGUAUGAUGCCAUCGUGUCCCAGACGGGCCUGCCGCGGGCCGAGGUCAUUCGCUGGUUCGGGGACAGCCGCUAUGGCUACAAGAACGGGCAGCUGAAGUGGUAUGAGAACUACCGGCGGGGGGUCUUCCCCCCGGGGCUGGUGGAGGUCAGCCCCGCCGGCCGGGAGGUGCUCGAGGACUACUACGAGAAGCACAAGGGGCUGCGGGAGGAGGACGUGCCCGGCCUCUGCGAGCGCGCCCGCCUCGGCGCCCAGCAGCUCAAGGUGUGGUUUGCGGUGAAGGCGGAGGAGCAGGGCAGGGGCUGCGGCCCCGAGGCGGCCGGCAGCCGGAAAGGGCCGUCGGAGAGCAGCGAGGCGUGGGAGCCGGGCGGCCAGGAGGGCAGCGCCGGGAGCCCCGCCGCGCCCGGGCCGCCGCCCGCCACAGGGCCGGAAACAGACUGAACUGAAGCCAGCAGCCCCGGAGGAUCCGCUCUUACCCUUGAGAAGAAAUCAGUGAUCUUUCAGAAGCCCAUGGGCCGGUCUGAGCCAAGCCUGAGGAGCAGCACGUGGUGAUGAAGCACUGCCAUACCUGAGACCUUUGAGCACAGCACGUGCUCACACUGGGCACUCGGUGCUGAGCUCUUGGUGGCCCAGCCUAGGAGAUGGCUGGGAGCUGGCAGGGGCUCAGCUCACACCCAGGAAAUAGGAUGCUCCUGUUUGCUUUCCAGUGACAGACUUUCAGAUUUCAUAUUCAUAUACCGAUGCCUACAGCUGCCUAUACAAGCAUAACAAAUCUCAGACAUUGUAAACAAGGUCAUUGCUUAGAUAUGGACUAUCAUGGCAUAGUACUUGUUUCUUUUUUCUUUUUUUUUUUCAUCUGUCCAUUUAGGUGUUUGUUCUCUAAAGGUUGGCAUGGCUGCAUAUAUCCUCUCUGCCCUUUCUGGUCCUUAAGCCCUGGCAGUGAAGAGCUUUGUGGGCACAUAGGUGUGAGUGUGUUAGGAAAGGGAAGGGAUUUGAGAAGAAAACUGCCAAUUUUGAAUUUGAGUGAGAUUCUCACCCCUCCAGAUGAGGUUAGAGUGAGCAUUGCAUACUCUCUGAUAAGCAGCAGGUUCCCAGACCGAGGCAGCCCAGGAGAUGGAGUUUGGUGUCAUUUGUCCCUUGCUGGCUAGAACACUUUCCCUGUGCUCCUGGAGACUGCCUGUAACAGCCUGUUAAAUCUCCAAGUCUCUCUUUAAUAUCUGAGAACUAGCACAUAAUAAUUUUUGCAUCCUGACCUGGAAUCCUUUUCAUUGUUUAGAGAGAACAGUCUGUUCUUCAGAGAACAAACACAGAGAGUCACAGCGUGGCUGUGAGUGGUUCAAGUCAUUGUUGUCACCAAGGCAGCGGCUCUGCUGCCACCAGGAAGUUUCCUUCUUGCAGCCCUACAUGGCAGAUCCUCCUGCAGCACCGCUGGUGAUUUCAAGUGUUUGUUCCAGUCCUUUUUGUUUUUCUUUUCUUAUUUUUCCCUUUUUUUUUUCCCCCCAGGCCAUGUGCAAUAGUUCUGGAAAAAGAGCAAAAUAAAUUUCCCAGUUAUCCUGCCUGCUGCCUGGUACCUGUACAUUUUUAAUGUGUGUUGUCUUGUGUGGUUGCUGUGUGAUGCAACUGCUUGGACAUUUUUGCUUUAAAUAUUCUUUUCUAAUAGAAAACAAAGUCUAGAAGGGAAACUCUUGAGCUGAAUAGUCCAGCCAAAUGCUGUGUCAGAUCGUUCUGUCACAAACUAAUCAAAUCCCAGCUCCAAAUUGGUUCCAUGUUUUGCCUUCACUUUUGCUCUUGGAAGGCUAGUCCAGAAAUUGACUGCCUUUGAGUGGUUAGAAACUGUAUUUAAAUUUCUAGUUUGAAUUAAUUUGUGGCUGGUACAUUCCUGGUUUGUUUUGGAGCCAACAUUGUCCUUUAACUUAAAUAGUUUUUGGUGUUUAUCUGCUGAUGUAUUUAUGGAGAGUAGUCAUAGCUCCCUAUUUUUUGCCAAGCCAACUCAGCCAAGCUUUUUCAGUAGAAGGUUUUUAUUUAGUGAGAGCUUUUUAAUGUGGGAGACUUUAUUGUUGGUGGUAAAUGAUAUUUAUUAGGAGGGUGGGUAGCAAACCCCACAGGAUCAGAUCCAGAGAUUUACAAAAAAUCUGUUUUAAAAACAAAAAAGCUCUUUCAGAACCUCUUCCAAAGAUGGUGUCUGAUUUCUACCUUUAACUGCCCUUGCUUUUGCAGUUCUUUCUUUGCCCCCUCUUCCAGAGGCCCCCUUGCUCAGCUGCUGGAAGGGGCUGUGGCUGCUCAGUGCUUUGGCAGAGGCUUCCCCUCGCCUGGUGGGAUGUGCUGGGUGCUUGUUCCUGAGCUCACAGGGCUUGCCUGGUGUGAGACCAUGGCCAGGUGUGACCAUCUGCUCCAGACAGGUGAGCUGCACCCCACGGAGAGCGGGGUGACACUGGGGUGUGCCCACUGUGCAUCCCACAGCCAGAGCAGCCACCCCAGCACGCUGUGAGCAGGGCUGCCUCCGACCUGGAGCAGCCUGUGUGGCACCAGGCUCCCUGAAUUUGCCUUUGGGAGCACUGCUGAUGGUUGUGACACAGUUGGAGGCAGGACCAGCAGCCAUCCCACCUUGGCUGGUGAUGGCUCAGCUGGUGGCAUCCCCAUGGGUCCCUCUUUGGGGACCAGGGACAGCUGCCCUGUGGUGACAGCCCCAGGGGUUCACCCUCAUGGGUGCAAUCCUGUGCACCCCAAAAUAUCAGAGAGGGUGGCAGAAUCUGGGUGGUUCUAGAGCUAAAAGCAGAUGUGGGAGUUGUGCAGCCUAAGAAUAUGGAUGUAUGUAAGUGUCACCUUCAGAGAACAAAUACAGGUAGGUCAAUUUACUCUGUAGUGUCUGUGUACAUGCAGGUUUAUUUAACUACACAUAUAUACAGUUCAAAUAUGCCAUUGAUUCUUUAUUGCAUUAUGAUGUACAUUACAAAUGUACACUUUUACUAACUACUUGCUAUAUAAAUACGUUGGAAGUGUAGUUUGCCCAUUCAAGGUGAUUUUCUGUGGGAUUUUUGAUGUACACUUUAGGGCCUAUGGCUGAUUGGAAGAGUGAUCCCCGCUCCAUCUACAGGAAUGCUUAAGGACUAUGGUAUGAACUGGUCCCUUCAAACCAUGUUUUGAUGCACUAGCUGAAAUAUUUUGCACUUGGAUUGUAUUCAGCCAGUUUUCCAGAAAAAUUGAAAAGAAGUCUUGUGAGCUAGAGGGAGAAUUUCCCGGUGUACACAGAAAAACCAGCCUUGAGGGUUGGAAGCUGCUGAGGUUUUUGAGCUUUGUCUCCAUGCAUUCAUACAAGCACAGCAGGAGUUUUCUUUCUUUUGGGUCGGAGGAAUUUUAAAAAGUGGUUCCAUGCAGACUCCCCUCGGACAUGGCAACGGGGCUGGCAAAUGCCUUUGCAUGGGGAGGGUAAGAUUUAGACAAAAAAGAAAUCAAAACAUGAUUGAGUUCCCUUUCUAACUCCUACAUUCCUUGUUAUCUGCAUUUUUUAGUUGACUUGAAAUCUCCGUAAAAGUAUAAGCUGAAGAUUUUUGAGGGUUUAGCUCUGUGGUCUUCUGUUUCUCUGCUGAGGAGGAGAAACAGGUGCCAUCUCCAAACAGACUGGGUUCUGGUGCAGGACAUUGGAAAAGUGUUUGCAUCUGAAACUGAAAAGAAAAAUUGAGAGGUGGCUUGACAGUCCCAACAGCAGCUCUUGUGGUGUUAAGAGGAAGUGUCACCACAAUUCUUCACAGUGUGUGAAUAUUUAUCAUCAUCUAAUCAAAGAUGACUAUCUUGACUUGAAAGGGGUGUAAGAUCGAGGUGAUGUAGCCAUCAUCAGUAAGGAAGGGAAAUUAAAUUCUCCACCUCCAUCCGCUGUGCCUGAGCUUGGGCUUGGCAGGCACAGCAGAAACCAUCAGUUUUAAUCCAUGUGAAUCUUGUUACUUGUGUCUCUGAGGCUGCUUAGAUUAAGGACACAAUCCAAUUGCUUAAUAACCCGAAACCCUGAUUUGUGUUUGCCCUGGCUUGCUCAUGGGAAGGGCUGCUGGUUCUCCUGGUGCAAGGAACUGAGUUUCUUUAUUCAUUGAUGUCAGCAGCUCCUGCCAUGAGAUUUCUGUGCAUUGUCCCAUGUUUCAUUUGGGUACCUUAUUUUUCAGCUCUGUAAUUAGCAUCCUUGAAAUUUAUUUUUUUUUUUAGCAGAACACUAAACAAACAAUGAUCUACAGGCUCCUGUCUCCACUUGCCUGAGAGCUGAGUGAUGCUGCACACCAGGCCAGCAGCAUGCUGGGAGGAUGGGCACAGGUGCUUGCAGGUACUUAGUGUGAUUUCAUGUCCCCUCCCUGAGCUGGUCACCAGGAGAAGCCACCAGCAAGAGCAGUAGCUGCUGGCAGAGAAGCACUGUAGUCCUUAACCUGGUUGGAGGAUGCUCACCAGAGCUGGAAGAUACCUGCUGGGUUAAUUUUUGUUAUAUGUCCCCUGACAGUUCAAGAGAGGGAAGCUGUAGGAGGCUGGUUUUUCAUUUAGGGUUUUGGGUAUUUCAUUUUUUUAAUUGGAAAGCAACAGAUUUUGGUCACCUGAAGAAGUGUUAUAUUGUUUUCCCUGCAGCCCCUCUGUUACAGAUAUAACAGAGGCAAACUGAUCAGAAGCUUGCUCAUUGGCAAUCAGAAGAAAAAUAUAAUUUUCAGCACUUGGGCACAAAUUACAAAGUGAACGGGAUGCUGCACAUUCCCAUUAGGGUGACAGUAUUCAAAAUGUUUGUAAAUGUCUUCACCCUGUUGCUCAGAUGAUUUUGGCUUUGCUCUCUUCAAAUCAGUCAAGGUCCUGAUGUGAUUCAGCUCACCUGUAAAGCUCUGGUGUCACUUCUCAGCUGAUCCCAAAACCAGCAGGGUAAGAUUAGCACAUGGAGGGGAACGAGGCACUUGCAGGCUAUCCCUGUUCUUCUGUUUAUUGAGGAAUUUAGUUUCUGCUGUAUGUUUACUGGCAGUGGUGUGUGCCAGGAAUGUUGGAUUGGCAUCAGAAAACUUGAAAGCAGAGCAAGUUAGCUCAGUUAUGUAAGCAGUGAUUUUUAUUUUUUUUUAAUUUUGGGUUUUCUUGUUAUGGCCCAAGUGCUCAAUAUGCUUUUGGCAUAUUCUGAUGGCACCCUUUUUCCCUGUACUGAUGGAAGGUGGUGUUAGGAGGAUUCUUGCUUACUGGUGCUAGUGAAGGUUGGGCUAGGAAUCCAUGGCAUAGAAAAUUUCUAGCUAAAAUUGCACUUUCUCUCUGCCCCAUCUGGCUCGUGGUGGUGUUAUGGGUACGUGGCUGUGAUUCCCCUUGCACAUACUAACAUUGCACUAAAAGAGAGACUUUGGGAACAGCGUGUUGAUCACUUUGUUUCUCAGCAGACCACAAAGUCAGCCUAACGGGGUCUCUUUUUUUUUUUUUUUUUUUUUUUUUUUUUUUUUUUUUUUUUUUUUUUUUUAAUUAUUGUUAUUUAGAAAUCACGCUGGUGCUGAAUGACCUGGAAUUUUUGCUUGGAUUUAUCCAAAGGAAAAUGUAAUUGUAGCUGCAACGGGACCUUUCAUAAGGGUGGCCGGUGCAGUGAGGGAGCAGGGUGAGAGCUCUGCUGUGUAAAGCUGUCUUUGUACCGGGGAGGUGUGGGGGGUUCCAGGGGGUUGUUACUUUGGUUUUUUUUUUUUCAAGACCACAAUUUUAAAUGGUCACCUUGGCAAUGGUGUGAAACAGGAAAUAGUUUUUACUUUUGGUAAAGGUUUUAAAGAGGAAACAAAAAAAGAAGCUGCCUGUGAUUGUGGGCUGUAGCUAUUAUUAGGGCUAGGGUAGCUUGUAUGUGCUAUGGACUUUACCUGCUCUUAUUCUGAGGGCAAGAACUCCCUGUAGCAACAAUGCCACUUCUGAGAAGUGAACGGCAAGUUUCCCUUCCUUUUGUAUAUGUGGAUGUGAGGGUGGGCAAGGGGAAGAGCUUGCUUGUACAGUUUGUUGAAAUGAAACCAGACAUUUUUGGUUGUUCCUAAAUAAAGAGCGUAAAAAUCAAA